GCACCUAUACAUUCAUUGACGUUGCGUGUUUACAUACGCAUUGCCACCCCCCCUCCCAGGGUUCCGUAUAUAUCUCCCUUCCUUCGUUGCCUUUUCCCACAGAUCGAAAUCCAUGGAUCGUACGUUUGUUUUCUCCGUGUUUGUUCUCUUCUUGUUCGUCGUCAUUUCUUCGGCGUCCGAUGCGUCCGACGGCGAGGAUAUCUUGAUCCGACAGGUGGUUGAUGAAACGAAGCCCAAGGUUUUGUCGUCUGAGGAUCACUUUUCUCUGUUCAAGAGGAAAUUUGGGAAGGUUUACGGAUCGCGAGAGGAGCACGAUUACAGGUUCUCCGUUUUUAGGGCGAAUCUCCUGCGAGCUAAGCGCCACCAGAAGCUGGAUCCGUCGGCGCAACAUGGCGUCACGCAGUUCUCCGAUCUGACUCCGUCGGAGUUCCGGAGGAGGUUUUUGGGGGUUAAAGGCGGAUUUAAGCUUCCGAAGGAUGCGAACCAGGCUCCGAUCCUGCCUACGGACAAGCUCCCCGAGGAUUUUGAUUGGAGAGAUCACGGAGCUGUCACCCCCGUAAAAAAUCAGGGUUCUUGCGGAUCCUGCUGGAGUUUUAGCACCACGGGAGCCCUGGAAGGCGCACACUUCCUUUCAACUGGGGAACUGGUCAGCCUCAGUGAACAACAGCUUGUCGAUUGUGAUCACGAGUGUGAUCCAGAGGAGGCAGGUUCAUGCGACUCAGGAUGCAACGGUGGCCUAAUGAACAGCGCCUUUGAGUACACGCUGAAAGCUGGAGGGCUCAUGCGGGAGGAAGACUAUCCCUAUGCUGGGACCGAAAGCGGAACCUGCAAGUUUGACAAGUCCAAGGUUGUUGCUUCUGUGGCCAACUUCAGUGUUGUGUCAGUGAAUGAAGACCAGAUAGCCGCAAACCUUGUGAAAAACGGCCCAUUAGCAGUGGCUAUAAACGCAGCAUACAUGCAGACGUACAUAGGGGGAGUGUCAUGCCCAUACAUAUGCUCGAGGAGGCUGAACCAUGGGGUGCUGUUGGUGGGGUACGGGUCGGCUGGGUACGCACCAGCCAGGAUGAAGGAGAAACCUUUUUGGAUCAUAAAGAACUCGUGGGGAGAGAAUUGGGGAGAGAAGGGUUUCUAUAAGAUUUGCAGAGGCCGUAACAUCUGUGGUGUUGACAGCCUCGUCUCCACCGUUGCUGCUUCUGUUUCCCUCUAAGCGUAAGAGAAGAGAAGACACCCACCACCAUCGUUGUUGAUUUGUGUGGGUCCCUUUUAAGUUAUUUUGUAUAUAAAAAAAAAAAUUGGAGCAUCUCGUGUCCAUCCAUUUCACGAGGCAAAUCGUCAUAUGGGCCUUGUCAGGCCUAUUCAUUUGGGCUUUAAACGGGCUCUUUCUGUUUACAACCAUACUAUUGGGUUCUGUGUGUAUUAUAUUGGCUCAAUUAUCUGGACACACUCA